CUGUCUGACCAUUCUAUUGCUGCUGUAGUAGACGGUCACUGUUCUUCUAAAUCUAUUAACAGUGGUGUUCCUCAGGGUUCUGUCCUGUCACCCACUCUCUUUUUAUUAUUCAUUAAUGAUCUUCUAAACCAAACUUCUUGCACUUUUCCACUUUCCACUUCCUGCACUUUUCCACGUCUUUUCAUAGACGUCCGACCCUUCAGGAGGUAAACAUUUCAUGCAGGGAAGCCACAGAACGCUUGACUUCUGAUCUUUCUAAAAUUUCUGAUUGGGGCAGAGCAAACUUGGUAUUGUUCAAUGCCUCAAAAACUCAAUUCCUCCAUCUAUCAACUCGACACAACCUCCCAGACAACAAUCCCCUCUUCUUCAAUGACACUCAACUGUCCCCCUCUUCUACACUUAACAUCCUCAGUCUGCCCUUUACUUAUAAUCUGAACUGGUAACUUAACAUCUCAUCUCUAGCUAAAACAGCUUCUAUGAAGUUAGGCGUUCUGAGACGUCUCCGCUAUUUUUUUUCUCACCCUCCCACCUGCUAACUCUGAAUAUGUAUGGAGUAUGCUUCACAUAUCUGGGGGGUUCCACUCAUACUGCUCUUCUAGACAGGUGGAAUCAAGAGCUUUUUGUCUCAUCAACUCCUCUCCUCUAACUGACUGUCUUCAGCCUCUCUCUCACCGCCGCAAUGUUGCAUAUCUAGCUAUCUUUUACCGCUAUUUUCAUGCUAACUGCUCUUCUGAUCUUGCUAACUGCAUGCCUCCCCUCCUCCCGCGGCCUCGCUGCACAAGACUUUCUUCUUUCUCUCACCCCUAUUCUGUCCACCUCUCUAAUGUAAGAGUUAACCAGUAUUCUCAAUCAUUCAUCUUCAUCAAUUCAUUUCUCUGGUAAACUCUGAAACUCCCUGCCUGCUUCUGUAUUUCCACCUUCCUAUGACUUGAAUUCCUUCAAGAGGGAGGUUUCAAGACACUUAUUCAUCAAUUUUUGACCACUGCUUUGACCCUUUUAUGAGACUGGCAUUUCAGUGGGCAUUUUUUUUUAUUAGAUUUUUGUUGCCCUUGGCCAGUGUCCUUCCUACAUAAAAAAAAAAAAAAUCUAGAAAAGUUUAGGUUAAGGAAAGAGAUUGGCAGGAACUGGCUCAUGAACAGUGGUGGACAAGUGGAACAGGCUUAACAGCCAUGUGGUCAGUGCCAACGCGCUAUAGUUAGUUUGAAGCAAAGGUUAGAUGACUAUAUGGAUAGGGAAGACAGGUGGUAAUAUGAAGGCUGAUGGGGAGGAGGAUAAAAAACGUUCAUGGUUAUGGUUAUGUUAGUACAGGAUUUGAGUCAUGUUUAAAGCACUCAGAGGUGUAAUGUUUAAAUGUUGAGGUGAUGCUACCAGCCAGGGUUGCCUUGGGUGUUGUCAACCUGUGAUGGUUUCACAUUCAGGGUUGUAUAGGUAUUUUAAUAAGAGUCUGCCUGAUAUUGUCCAAGAGAGGUAAAUAUCUGAUAAUCUGAGGAAACACACUUUUAAUGAGAAGCUUCAAGUCACACAAGCUUUUUAAUGACUUCACAUUAGACCAUACAAGAGAUAAGACAUUGUACAGUUUAGGCGUCGCCAGGACGUUUUAAUUUGGCGCUUAAAUUAGUGAUAUGUUUAUACUUUGGCAGUUACAAUAAUAAUGGCUUAUAAUUUAGUUUUACAUAUUUACGCAUUAUAUUUAGUUUUCUGUCAAUAUAGUUUAAUAUGAGAGUAGUUGGAGCAUGUUAUUGGAAGUGGAAAGACUUUGGUGGAUUAGUUUAGUGGGCGCGUAGUCCGCAGCGCGGGCUGACUGCUAAGUUGCGGCAAAGGAGGGCGCGCAGACGCCAGACAGGAAAGUACUGUGUUUGAAGAAGGAAGUGAGCUGCUGUCUUAUUUAACCUGGAUUUUCGCUGAACAAGACGGUGACACGGGCCAUGGCUGCCUCUGUGUGCUGGUGCAAGCUUGGUGCCUGCCGGGAGGUGCCUGGGAAUGCCGGGAGCUGCUCAUGAGGGCCAACAAGGCUCCCAAUAUUGGAUGAAUGAUGGACUGACAGCCAGCACACACAGACACGCACACUUGCAGCAUGUGCUCAGCAGGUGGCACCAGUGACACAAGUGGAGGAGGAGAUGGGAAGGGUGGAGCAGGAAAUGGUGGAGGAGGAGAGGAGGAGGUUUCUGGGGAUGCAAGGAAUGGACAGUCCCUAGGGCCUGAAGAGUACACCAGAUUGGCACGAGAUGGCAUCCAGCUGAUGCUGAACAACCGGUUCACAGAGGCGGAGGAGCUGUUCCGCCACCACACCCAGGACAACCUCCACAUGGCCAUGGGAUACUGCUACCUUACUUUCAUGAAUGCUGUCAUGUCCUUCGAGGAGGAGAAGGUGAAUCACAGCAUGGAGACAUUGCGCAGCAUGGAGCGGAGGUGUGGCGGCAAUGACAAUGGUUGGCUCUCCUCCGUCAGAAAUAUUGUCUUGGGUCCCAGGAAUGGCCAGGACCAGGGAGAUGAGCCAGGAGCACAACUUGAGCAACAGGUUGUCUUGGCUGAUUGCCAGGUGUUGCUGGCCAUCCUUACCUUCCUGCAACAGGAAAUUGGCUCCUACGUGAAGGGUGGGUGGGUUCUGCGAAAGGCCUGGAAGGUGUAUGAACACUCCUACACGAAAGUCAAGAGGAUGUACAGACAAACCUUUGGGGAAGCUCAGGAUAUGCCCAUGACACCUGGGGAUGAUUGUCCAGGAUCACUGCAGUCCAGCUCUGAUCAGCUGCAGAGCCCUGGGUCCUGGUCUGUGGGCUCCACUGGGGUGCCUGGCCCUGCCCAAGAGGAAGAGACCAGCUCUUCCCAUACCUCAGUUGGCCUGCGCCUCACUCUCUCCAAGUCAGUGCCUAACCUGAAGGGAUUCCUCAACUCCAACCACAAACAAAAUUCAAAAAAGCCGCUGCCCCCGGAUAUGGUGGCUCGGCUCAUGGCUUCUGUCAGCUUUGGGUACGGACUGUUCCAACUGUGUACCUCCCUCUUGCCUCCCUCUCUCCUGCGGCUGGUCAAUGUGCUGGGCCUGCAGGGGGAUCGCUUGGCUGGCCUUUCUGCCCUCAUGUUCACCCGAAAAUCCCAUGACAUGCGUGCUCCCUUAGCUACUCCGUACCUAUUCCCUCGGUACAGUCUCACCUUGCUGUGGUAUCAUACUAUUGUGCGGCCAUUCUUUGCCUUGGAUGGAAGUAAGGUGAGAGCGGGUGUGGAAGCAGCCCACCUCCUGCUCCAAGAGGCCCAGCAGAGCUACUCCCAGUCUGCUCUCUUCCUUUUCUUCAGGGGUCGAGUUCACAGGUUGCAGGGGGAUAUCACCACUGCCCUUGUGGCCUAUCGUGGGGCCCUCCAGGUGUCCCCCCAGAGGGAGCUGCAGCUACUUGCCUUGCAUGAGGUGGCCUGGUGUCACUUGCUGCAGCUUAACUGGGUCCAUGCCCAAGGUGCCUUUGCCAAUCUCAAGAGGGAGUCCCGGUGGUCCAAGAGUUUUUAUGCCUACAUCUCUGCUGUGUGUCUUGGAGCAGCAGGCCGGGAGGAGGAGUGCCAGCAAGGCCUGCAGGAGGUGCCCAGUCUGGUACGCCGCACCAACCAUGCACUGGAGGCCUUCCUUCUGCGCCGUGCCCUCAAGUCUAAGGGUACCACUGUGAAUAAAAACUACUGUCUCCUGCGUGCCUAUGAGCUCCUCUACCUCUGGAAUGCUCUCUCUUCCUGCUCAACUCAACACCGCCUCCAAAUGGUGGAAGAGCUGCAAACCAUGGGCCAGUGUGAUGAGCUGGAGGGUCUGCGACACCUAUUGCUGGCAGCCAUUCUGGACACACUGGCCAACACGGAGGAGGCCAUGGACCACUUCAGACUCAGUGUGCAACAUGGCCUCCUCAACCCUGAUGAGAUGUGUGUGCCUGCUUUUGCACUGUAUGAGCUGGGUCUGCUACUGAGCAGCUCAGAAGAGACAUCACAGGAAGGAAAGAAAUGUCUGGAAGAUGUGCGAGACAACUACCAGGGAUAUGACUUUGAGAAUCGCCUUAAUGUGAGAGUCCAUGCAGCCCUCAGAAGUCUUCCCUAGCAUGUGUGUUUGUGUUUGAAUGUGCAUGCAUUUGUGUGAAAAUGUGUGUGUUGAUUUGUAUGUUGGUAUUGAUGCACACCACUAGGGAAGCUACUUUGCGUCCAUGACUAUUAAACCUUUUACAGGAACACUAUUAGCUGUACUCUCUGCUAUUUUGUACUUAAAGGUGAGUGUAUUUUGUAGUAUGUAUGUGAUAAAAGAGAAUGUUGAAAACAAAAUAGAUUACAGAAUAUAAUUAUAACAUUAGUGAAUAUGAUGGAUGAAUAAAUGUUAUGCACUUCAUUUGGACAAAGCAAGAUACCUGUAAUCAGAGGAGUCUUUAUACCAAGCAGACAAACAUUAUGCUUAGGUAGCAAAUUUUUAAACUGUCCAUCAACACUCAGAAGCUGGACUGUUGGCAGGGGUGUAGAGCUUGGAUUAUUUUGCUACUUCAUGCAUGGACUAAUUGCUGUGAACACCAUGUACUCCUGUGUGAAAACUGUAGUUUAAUGCCCAGUGAAUGCAGUAGGUAUAUCAUAACUUCGUUAUUACUGUGAAAAUUGACAAUCUUAUAGUCAUUACUUGUGAUCUUUCCAUUAUUUCCAUUACUCAACCCUCAGUUAAUUGAGCAUCUUUUACUGCAUACUUAAUUUGUUGGCAGUGGUACUUACAUAAUAUUUAAAUUCUUAUGUUUCACUGCUUAUUUUAUCAUAUCACAUACAAGCUAGACUUGUGUCUGCCUAGUAUGUUUAUACUGUCCAAGGCUGAAGUAAUGUUAUGGUUUAUUUUGAUAACAAUUCAUAACUUUGAAUCUCAUUCAUGGGAUAUUUUACAGUCUGUACUUUCCUUGUUACACUGUGAUAUACACAACCUUCCUGUUUUUCUUUUAUAAAGCAUUUGUGUUCCUUUUCAUUGUGUUGCAUAAACACAGUAACUUGAAGCUCAUACAGUACUAUUGUCUGGCAUGCUCUCUAAAUACUUAUUUGUAUUAGCACGUUAGAAGAACUUGUUAAGAGUUUUGAUGAAGCUGCUGAAAGAUUACAUUCAUCUGUCAUGUAUUACAUACCAAUAAUUAAUUACUGACAGAUAUUCACUAGGAAAUUUACAGAAAACUAAGGCUUGUCAAAUUAUUUUUUCCCUUUAGUAGUGCAGUAUAUAUAAGUAAGUUGAUCUUUGAACAAGAUUCCUUAGUGUUCACUGGGAAAAGAUAGAUAAGCACUUUAGUUGAUAAGCCAAAGAAAAUAUUUAUUUCAACAAUAUAAAUGUUUUAUAAUGUAGACUAGACGUGUGUGGCACGGGAGGUGUCCUUCAGUGCUGAGUUACAGUACUCUUGAAAACUAUGAAAGGUAGAAAACUGCCUACACUGAAUUGUUUAGGAUAAUUGAUGAAUUUAUUUUCAUAUUAUAUGAGAUUUAUGUGUAUGAAUUAAUUCACUCAAAAAUUGCAAGAAGAGUGCAUGUCAUAAAUUUAGGGAACCUACUAACAUAGAAAAUUUUAUUCAAAUUCUGCAGAGUUGUGAUUCAGAUUUUCAGAGCAGAUGUGCUGAGAAUAUGAAUGCAAGCAGUAGCUGAAAAGAGGGAAAAACAGUAAAUACUUUAGCAUUACAGCUAUGGAUCUGCACUGAGAAAAGGCAGCUGCCUGUGUGAAAUAAUUCAGUAUUGUGUGUAUGAAUGUGGCAUUCCAGAGGACGAUUAGGCACUGAGAUGGUAUUGAUGGUGCAGCGUUAGACAAAUUUAUAGGCAUGAAUAAUAAGCACAGGCAGGCUGGAAAGAUGCUGGUUUUCUUUGAAAAUGUUCCCCUCAUCAUUUGUUUGAAUGUUAAAGUUUUGAGUAUUUUUCCAUACUUACAAAUUUACCCCAAUUUUCUAACUCCUGAUAAUUGAUAUGUUUACCUAGUCUGGUCAUAUGCAAAGGAACUGUACAGAACUUUCAUCUGCCAAAGAAAGCACACAAGUACAUAUACUAAUUAUUUUUUUAUUAAUUUUUUUUUAAGGAAAGGAUGAAGCUUGUAUUGUCUACAGUACUUUGUUUGCUGAGUAAGUUAUACAUUUUCCUUCCAUAAGAAUGUGAUUCAGUAUUAAGCUGCAUCUUACACAGAUGAAGAGGAUUUUUGUUAAGAAAAUAAUUUUGCCCUUAAACAUGAAAGCCAAUUUAUGUUGGAUGUUGAAAAUUUUAUGCAAGGAAAAUGAAGGGAAUUUUGACAUAUUUCUAGCAAACAUUAUAUGAAGUUUGUACUUUAUCUGACCUUAAAUAUUGUUCUGUUGUAGGAAAUUAUUUUCUUCAUUAUCUAUUAAAUACAUUGCAUUUGUGUAUGUGUGUGUGUGUGUGUGUGUGUGUGUGUGUGUGUGUGUGUGUGUGUGUGUGUGUGUGUGUGUGUGUGUGUUCAGUGUGUUCUUGGACUGUAUUAUGUAAACUAUCAUGCAUUCAUAUGGUAUACAAAAUAUAUGCAAGAAAACACUGCUGAGAUCACGUUAUAUGCACAAGAAUGCAUUUCAUUUCGGUCAUAUUGUGUUCUUACCAGCUACAUGAUAUAUGUGAAUAUGUACAUAAAUCAUCUCAUCUGUGCUUUCUCACGUUCAUCACACAGCAGCAAAGAAUGGACACACUGAUUCAUGAUUACACUCCUUGCUCUGGUUCACUUGGGUGUUGUGCACUGCUUCAAGUUUCCUGCUGAGGUUUCCUUUAAGGCCACCAGUGUUCAGAAGCCACAAAGCAUGGAAGGAGAACUGGUUUAUUAUUGAUCUAAACCUCUGUUGUAACCUUCUCAGUUUGAUGACACCACAGAAAAAAAUUGAAGGUGAAUUAUUUUUCAACUUGCUUCUCCUUCCCAUAUCUUUUGUUUUCUGUGUCAAUGAUCCUUAAGAAACUGUGGAAUGUAGUUGAAGAUUUUGCCACUGCAGAUCUACUUUCAUGAAUGUCUUUCAUAACUUCAGCAUUUGGUUUCUUUUUCUGUUUUCAAAAUUAGGUGGAAUUGGAAAUUGUUGUCUUUUUAUUUUGAACAUUAUCAUUAGCUUUAGUUCAGUGGAUGGAAUCUCAAAAAAGUAUCAGUACCUCAAGAUAUUUCUAAUAGAUAUUAUGUACUUAAAA